UAAGCUUCGUGAAGCCGGUCUAGUUCUCACAAUACGAAAAAGCGCCCUCUCUAUUGGGGGAAGCAAGACACGUCACAUCGACUGUUUUACAAAGUGCUUCUGCUUUUCCGGUAAUUGUUUCGUUCGUAGUCGAAAGCCGAAUUAAUUCACCUCACAUUUUCUCGUCAACAUGAACACCUCUGCGUCCAAUUCCAAUAAAUUUCAAGAUGAACCUCAAACUCCUGACGUCACUGACGGUAUGGGAGAAUUCCCGAUGUCUCAAUCGUUCAUGAAUUUAUCACUGGAAGAACAAGAAAUUAAAAAAGAAGAAUGGAGAAAAGAGCUGGCUGAGGUGGAAUAUGAAAUUCAAACAAUGCGCCAAGUCCUAACUUCAAAACUAAGGAAAUCUUCAGAACUUAAACGUAAACUUGGUAUCACAGCCUGGGGUGAAUUUUCAAAUGACAUUUCACAGGGUUUGAGAAAUGUCAAGGAGACUUCCACCUUCCAAACGAUUGAGGAAAAGGUGGAGGAAGUAUCCAAGGCGAUUUCUAGCGCUCCCCUGUACCAGAAAACGGAGACUGCGCUGAAGACGACAGCUGAGAAGACGACGACUUUCCUCGGCGGAAUCACUGGAGGAUUGUCCGCUAAGAUCGGAGCCGUUAAAAAUUCGGACACUUUCCGCUCCAUGGAGGAAAGAGUCGGCUCAGUCUACACUAACGUCAAGUCGAAGGUGGUGACGUCUCGUUCAAGUUCAUCUCACGAAUUGGACGAGGCUCUCAAGGAAGCCGAGGCUCAGCGAGAAGCCGCCAACUCGGGCGGUCUGACCGUCACUGGCUCGUCGUCGACUGCUACUCCGACCACUACACCGACCCAACUGGAGAAACCAGUGGCCUAGAAACUCAACAAACAAUUUCACAAAUGGGGAAAAAUAUGUACCUCGGCGAGAGUCUUGUUACACACUCUUUUCAUUAAGGAGGAAAAAACAUCUAAAAACAAAACAAAAAAUUAUCAAACUCCCGUUGAAGUCCUUAUCGUUAUCCAUUUAUAAUUUUUUUCUCUUUUUUCUAAUUUUUUUCGCGUGCGUUUUUUUCGAGGAAAAAGGAGCUAAUUAUUCUUCAUAAUUUAUCCGCAGUCGUUGGGAUAAACUUUAGGGGGGAUGUAAUGAGACAGUUCUAUUUGUACACCAAAUUGCAUAACUGAAACCAAUUGAAGCAACUGCCAACUUAAUCAAUAUGGAAAAAGUUUGAGGAAGCUUACACAAACAAAAAAAAAACAGCAAAAACGAAAAAACGAAAGUAAUAAAAGAUAGUAAAACACGCUAAAGUGGCGAUCGUGGUUUUAGGGAUAUCCAGGUUUGUUCUUUCCCUUGAUUUCGUCUCGAUUUUUUUAACCGAGUGUGUUAUAUAAAAACUAUAGUGUUCAAUCCUAUUUCUCUGUUACCUCUCUCACACACUCAACUGGUUCGACCACUUAACUAGACAGCAGCAGAACUGCUGUGAUGUGAACUUGUGAGAGGGGAGAAACUGUGAUGGCCGAACACGACUUUGUUGACUUGCACUCGUUUCCUUUUUUUUUUUUCCUUUCUACCCCCCGACCCACUUCCUCUCUCUCUCUUUAAAAUCACUCUAUACACACACACACACAUGUUUAAUCACGCAACCACCCGCCAUCUUUUCCUUUUUGCCUCCCCUGACGAAUCCCAUCGAUGGCACUAAAAAAAAAACCUUUUUCCCUCGAUUCUUUUUAUGUUUUCCAUUUGUUUUCCGUGUUGGAUUCGUUUCGUUAGUCUUCGCAGAAAACAAGGGGAAAACAUUUCUUCAUUAAAUGAAAUGGGACUCUUGUAUCCGUCUCACAAAAAAAGAAAAAUCCCAUCCCCAAAUGGUUGAAUCUAUUUAAAAAGAAUUUUGUUUUUCUUUUUUGCUUUCCAAUUUUUUUUUCUUUUAUGGUUAUUCUAUUUUUUGCUUUGGGGAGCGUGGGAUUUCUAAAAAAUUUCAUCAGAUCUAAUAAGUGUGUUUCUCCAUCGUUUCGUUAUGUCAUUCUCUCUGUCGGCCGGUUUAUCUAUUCGAUCUUUAUCUUCCUUAACUACAAAAAAACAAAACAAAAAUAAAAUCUGCUCGUUUUUCUCUCACUGGAAAUACAACGUUUAGCUUAAUGAA